AUGCUGCUCCGACGCCAUAUUUACCGUGGGACUGUGGUGCUUGUUGCUACUCCACCGCCAGAAACCACCCAGUGGCCCGACAAGUCCUCUUUUUUCUCUCUCUCUCCCCCUUCCGGGACUUUUCCUUUUUUCGAAAAGCACCCCCCGCCCUCCACCACCACCACCGCUUUUGCCGAGCACCAUGGCGGACAGAGGGGACGCAGUGUACCAGGCGAAACUCGCCGAGCAAGCGGAGCGAUACGAUGAAAUGGUGGAGUCGAUGAAGCAGGUGGCGAGCUUGGACAUGGAGCUGACGGUGGAGGAGCGGAACCUCCUGUCGGUGGCCUACAAGAACGUGAUUGGCGCGCGGAGAGCCUCGUGGCGGAUCAUCAGCAGCCUGGAGCAGAAGGAGGAGAGCAAAGCCAGCGAGGAGAAACUGACGAUGUACAAGGACUACCGGAAGCUGGUAGAGAAAGAGCUGAAAUCAAUCUGCAAAGACAUCCUGGAAGUACUGGACCAGCACCUCAUCCCAGCCUCCACCUCGGGCGAGUCCAAGGUUUUCUAUUACAAAAUGAAGGGAGACUACCACAGGUACCUGGCGGAGUUCGCCACGGGCAACGACAGGAAGGAGGCGGCCGAGAACAGCCUGGUGGCGUACAAAGCCGCCAGCGACAUCGCUUUCAACGAGCUCCCACCCACGCACCCCAUUCGCCUCGGACUGGCCCUCAACUUCUCCGUUUUCUACUACGAAAUCCUCAACUCGCCGGACCGCGCCUGCAGGUUGGCGAAGGAGGCGUUUGACCAUGCCAUUGCUGAACUGGACGCUCUGAGCGAGGAGAGCUACAAGGACUCCACGCUUAUCAUGCAGCUGCUACGUGACAACUUGACACUUUGGACCUCAGACUUGCAGGGAGAUGAUUCUUAAAGGGGACACGUCCUCAUUCUCGCUCCCUCCUUAAUAAACGUUGUGUUGUGACGAACAGAAUACAGAAGCACCACCGGAAGCAGAGGGAGAGGCCCAAUGAGACGCCACGAGCCCACAAUCCUCGUUCAACGCCCUCCCUGCCUCCCUCUCCUCCCAACACUCCCUCCACUUCUCCAUCCUUCGACUAUUUCUCUUCCAUUUCUCCCCUUCACUCCCACCGCCCUCAUCAAAAGACCCCGGCGCGGGGGUUUAACCCUUCAAGGCAAAUUUUUAUUUGAAUUUUUUUUUUCCUCAGAUGACUCUUGUUUGCAAGAUUGUGCCCUUUAAGGUCCACGUCCUCUUUUUGUUUUAGUUGUAUGCUUCAUGUUGUUGCCAACUAUGCUUGCCUGUCUUCGUAACACACACACACACACACAUACAAACACACAUGUAAGAGUUUAUUUAAGGUGAGUGUGUGUGGUGUCGCCGAGCGCUUUGUUUUGCAAAGAGACAACAAAGGGAAGCGCAGAACAACUCAAGUGCCCUCUUUAUAGAACCACCUCCGACAGGUCUCAUUGCUCAUCUUUUUUUCUUUUCUAUUGAGGUUCUAAUCAUGACAAACAGCAGAAUGUCGCCUCUCUGCUCUUGUCCGCUUGGACCAACUCGCGUACUAGGCAGGAUUCUGUAGUUGCGCUAACUAGGUAGUAAUGUCUGAAGUAGUAAUGUGGGAGGCCCAACACUCUUGAUUGUAUCAUAAAAAUGUUUUGCAUGGGCACAGAGUCGAACAGGGAUAAAAAAAAAAAAACAGUUUGGGAAAUGGAGGCCUGCUGUAUCUUAACUCUCCCCGCUGACCUCUUGAGGUUGACUCAUUUUUCUUCUUUCGCCUCCUUGUCAUUUAUCUCCUCUCUUCCUCCCGGUCGGUGUGUGUGUUACGUGAAUCUGAUUUGUACUACUGGAUGUUGUCACCGGAGCCACAAGUACCAUCUGUAUUCUUACUGAAAACACGGCAUGGAAUUAACAUUAAACUUCAAACUGAAAGAA